AUCACUAAAUAUUGAAAAAAAUGACACAUAGCUGAACAAAUUUAAGAUGAUUGCUAAAAAUAUGCAGCAAAAUUGAAUGUUCACGAAUCAGCAGUUCUACAAAUUAUGCAAUUUCUGCCUAAACUAAUAAGCUUAGAGCCAAAGAUAAGCAACAGCUGUCUAUUGAAAAAAUGAAACAUAACUGAACAAAUUUAGCAAAAUUGAAUGUUCGCGAAUGAGCAGUUCCACAAAUUACUGCAACAAUACGACAAUAAAACAGAAUCAAUUAAUGUAAUCUCUUACCGGCAAUUGAGGCCUCCCUUGGCAUAGAAUCUCUCUUCCGUCCAAUCCUAUCAAAGCCUCAGUUUGGCGCUAGGGUUUUCUGGUGUUGCCCCCUGAUAAAUGGAAAGCUUCAAAUGGCAGGGUUGUGCAGAAAUGGCAAUGGCGGCGCCGCUGGAGCGCGUGUGGGAAAUUGCGAGCGAUUUCUGCGGAAUGAAGAAAUGGUACCCUGCCCUCCUCGUCUGCGAAAGAGUGGAAGGGACGCCCGAACAGGGUCCCGGCUGCGUGCGCUACAUUUGCAGCGCAUCAUCAUCGUCCUCCUCAGGUGAUGGAAUUUUGAGGGCCAAGGAAAAGCUCAUUUCCAUGGACUGUAUUAACCAUUCCUACACUUACUCUGUCAUCGAUAUCAACAUCGAGGGUUUCCAAGGUUAUCAAUCCACAUUUCAGGUAACGGAGAGUGAAGAGGGAUCGUGUGCCGUAAAAUGGAAUUUCGAGGUGGAACCGAUUCCUGGCCGUUCUGAAUCGGAGUUUGUGAGCAAGUGGAGCUCUGUGUUGACCACCAUUCUCAAUACGCUUCAAGACCUUGCUUCUUCGCCCUAACUGACUCUGCACUCGUUUCCACUGUAGGGGAUUGAGGCCACUGUUAUUGUGGGGUCUCUUACUGCUUCUAUGCAUUUGUGUGUCUAUAGGUCAAUUUUAUAUAUUUUCUUGUAAUUUGAGGAGGAAUAAGGAUUAUAUAUUGUUACAAGGA